UUUAAAGCAGCACCACCACCACUGUUGCUCCCUUUCGCUCAGCAGCACACUCUUUAGCCUCACUAAAGAAACGUAGUCUCUUCUGCUUCUUCUGGGUCCUCAUAAAGUCAAGUCCUCUCGAUUAGUUUGCAGUGUGAUAUCAUUACACGGUUGAUCUAUAUUUUUAACAUAACGGUGUGCCGUUGCCUGCUGACGUCAACGUCCCCAGCAAGAGUUUUUUUUUUUUUUUUUUUUUUUUUUUUUCAGUGGAAAAAAAAAUCAAACAUGAUGCUUUCCACUCCGAUCCCGGACUGAUACAGACGCCGCUUUCUGUCCGGAACCACCGGUCCAAUGUGAACCUGGAUACCGGGCUAUGUUGCGAGGAGCGGCGGUGUUAUCACAGGGAUCAACGAGAGCCGACCAUGGGCUCGAGGACUCCGGAGCUGAAUCUGACUGCAGCAGGAUGUCAUCGUCUGGCAUGGAGGUCGUGACCAGGCGGCUCAGGCAGCGGCAGCAGCAGCUCAUGAUUAUCAACUUACAUCUGCUCUCCAACCCGGGAGACUCGGGACUGUUGCAGCAUACCGUGGAUCGCCUUCUCCGCUGGCUUUGCCCCAGCCUCCGCAUCUUCCAUGUGUCAGAGAGGGCCUCCCCUUUCAGAAGUUACACCCGCCUCUGUCCUGUGGCAGGCUACCCUUCUCUGGCCGUCACCUUCUUCCUCCACGAGGCCUAUGGAGAGGAGCGAAUCCUCAAAGUGCUGGACUUCUUCCAGCGGCCCCCUUGGCAGUACCACCACACGGAGAGCUGCGGCAGCCGGACUGGAGGGGUCCACAUUACUUCCAGGAGCGCGCCCUCCAACGCCCUGCUGCGGCCCUACCUCCUCCCCAGCAGAGACUUCUAUAGUCUGGGCGAGGGGAUGCCUGUGUGGGGAGUACGACCGGUGCACUGUGGAGGAGAAAUACUACGUGUGACGCUGUUCAGUGGAUAUGACAACUAUGAGGAUGCUGUGCGACUUUAUGAGACGGUGCUGCAGCGACAGGCAGAGGAGCAAAAAACGGGUUUCUGUUGGUUCACCCUCCAUACGGAGCCAGGGCUGUGCCUUCAGUUGGCUUUAAAACAACUCUCACCAGGUGUUCGGGUGGAGCCAUGCAGCUCCGCCGUGCUGCAGUUUAGUGUGGAGGAAAUUGGCCAACUGGUCCCACUACUGCCUAACCCUUGCACCCCCAUCAGCACUACUCGCUGGCAGACAGAAGAUCUGGAUGGAAACAAGAUUCUCUUCCAGGUGAAAACCCCAGCUCAGCCUCAGCGACCUCUGACCUGUGCUUUCCCCCUAACCUGCCCGAGCGUGUCACCUCGAGGAAUGCAGCUCAGGAGCUCAGGACAGGCCCACAGUCUGUCACCUUGCAACCUCACAUCUCCCCUGUCCUGGCAAACACACAGGCAAGGUCACAGGCCACGCAGUGACCCUGUCUUGGAGAAGCUUCAUGGAGGAGCUGGUGGAGCAGAGAGCCUUGGAUCAGGAAGCUGCUGCAGCACUCCUCCUGGCAGCUCCUGUUACUCGUCCCAGCGCAGCAGCCCCGCUCCGCUCUCAAACUCCAAUCAUCCUGACUCUCCUCUGCGUCCCUCCAUCACCCGUUCUCUUUCCCAUCUUCUUCUGGAGGAGGAGGAGGAGCCACCAGAGACCAAUGUAGACACAGGAGUCGCUGUCUCACCUCGCUCAGACACAGCAGUGGAACCAAUGACUCGCUCCUCCUCGAUGGACCUCCUGAUCACACUCCCUUCUGAGAGACCUGCAGCUGUUGGAGCUUCAGCUGUGGAGGGACUGGUCAAAGAGUUGAGUGAAUGUCUGCCACGGACACACAUACACAUUCAGGGAUCGUCUAGAAAGUGGGGCUCUGGUGGUUGUACAGAUGCAGAUCAGGGCAGCAGGACAAUGGCAGUAGGACAGAGCCAAUCCAGCGAGCUCAUGGCAGAGAACAGGACUACUGGUGAGCUUCUGUCAGCACGAACAAACAAUGAGGAGUCAGUCGAUGAGUUCUUCAUUUGACUGCAGUUAUGACACAAACUCUGGUAAUAAUCCCAGUAAAAUCAAAAGCAUAUCUCACUGCAGCAGAGGUCUAGAAGGACUUCCUUAAAAUAGGGUUUGGUGUCAUUUAUUCAGGAUGACACCAAAGUACAGCAGCAGGGGACACUUUCCAUCCAGAGGUGUCUGGAUUCAUUAAAAUGUCAUACAUUCCACCAUGUACAAUGAUGGCAUUAACUGUCUGAAGGCUUGCCAAGUGCAGGUAACACUGAAUGUUUAAAUUACUUUUCUAUUUGGAUCCAGCUAAUGAGUUGUGCAGCUAUUGUGCUAAAAUGUAGCCCAGCGAAUAGCAGACUUAGUAAAAGUUCUUAAAUUGCACUGAUGGAAGACCAGGUUUCUGUUGCAUUAGGUCAUCUAAUGUCUUGUAUUUUGAUUGACUGAAAUGGAUCAUGUCACAAGGCGUUUUCAUGUUGCUGUUGACUGAUUAGAAAUCUUAUUUAGUGUGAAUAGACUCUGCAGUGCAGCAGCAUCAAUCUGUUAGAGACUUAAAACAAACCUAACCUUGUGGCUUUUUAGUGACAUUUAAUUUAUACAAUUUAGUGGUGGAUUAGGCCUGGCCAAUACUGAAGGGACUGAACUGUUUUCCAUGAUUAGGUUUUUUAGUUGUAGUAUUACUUUUUACACAUACUGAUCAAAUGAAUCUAGAACCUGAAAGCUCUGAAAUCUUAAUUACUGUAAGGCCGCAGUAAGCUGAAGGAUCAGCAGACAGGAUUAAGUGAAAACUGAGCAAUUUAUGGGUUGGAUUUAAACAGAUGGUAGUUGAGCAUGUUCACACAGUGCCAUCGUUAUGGCUGAUUCAAAUAAAUACUAUUCAAUUAACUAA